GCCAGGUUCGGCAGCAUGUGUGUCCUCCUACUGCUGUGGCCCCUGUGGCCCCUGGUGCUGGGGCUCAGCCUGGGACAUGGCACCCUGACCCCCCUCACCUACGACGAGCUGGGGAGCACAGGGGGAGGCGAUGAUGGCACACUGGGGCCCCUGACCGGGCCCUGGGAGGGGACCCCUCACCCAUCCAUAGUGCGCAGCUUCCCCGGCCAGCCCUGGUUCAACCGCAGCGACGUCGUGGAGCUCCUAGACAGCUCUCGGGCGCUGCUGGUGGGCUGGGUGCCCACGAGGCUGGUGCCCGCGCUCUACGGGCUGACUCUGCUGGUCGGGCUCCCCGCCAACGGCCUGGCGCUGUGGGUGCUGGCCACGCGGGUGCCGCGGCUGCCCUCCACCGUGCUGCUGAUGAACUUGGCAGCCGCCGACCUCCUGCUGGCCUUGACGCUGCCGCUGCGCAUCACCUACCACCUGCAGGGCCAGCACUGGCCCUUCGGCGAGGCCACCUGCCGCCUGACCACGGCCGCGCUGUACGGCCACAUGUACGGCUCCGUGCUGCUGCUGGCCGCCAUCAGCCUGGACCGCUACCUCGGCGUGGUGCACCCGCUGCGGGCCCUCACCCUGCGAGGCUGGCGCCUGGCCGCAGGGCUCUGCACCGUGGCCUGGCUGGCGGCCGUGGCUCUGGCGCUGCCCCUGGCGCUGCAGCGGCAGACCUUCCGGUUGUCACGCUCGGACCACAUGCUGUGUCAUGACGUGCUGCCCAUGGGCGCCCAGGCCACCUACUGGCGGCCUGCCUUCAUCUGCCUGGCCGUGCUCGGCUGCUUCCUGCCGCUGCUGGCCAUGCUGCUGACCUACGGGGCCACCCUGGUCGCGCUGGCGGCCGGUGGCCGGCGCUACGGGCAUGCACGGAGGCUGACUGCACUGGUGCUGGCCUCGGCCAUGGCCUUCUUCGUGCCCAGCAACACGCUGCUACUGUUGCACUACUCAGACCCGGGCCCGGACGCCUGGGGAAAUCUGUACGCCGCCUACGUGCCCAGCCUGGCGCUCAGCACCCUCAACAGCUGUGUGGACCCCUUCAUCUACUACUACGUGUCCACUGAGUUCAGGGACAAGAAGAAAUGAAUACAUGUAGGGAAGAAGGCCACGCAACCACAAAGACACACGCUGGGGUGACGGAGCCACAGCCAAGAAACGUGGCGACUGCCAGCGGCCACCACGAGCCGGGACAGCAGCCUGAGUCACUGGCGUGUGGAGCCCCCAAAAGAAGCCGACCCUGGCCGCGCCCGGAUCUCAAACUUCUUGCCUCUGGAACUGUCAGAGAAUAACUGUCUACUGUUUUAAGUCA